AACGUAAUUCAAAACGAUCAUCUUGUAGAAACUCCAGGAAAUAUAUGAGAAAUUAGGACUGUCUUUUCUGGCUGCAACUAACAGUAAACACAUGGAAACCUUCAGGAAGAACUUAAAAAGUCAAGCCAGAUUAAAUUAAAGUAACUUUUAGCGGGUUAGCUACUUCCGUAGCUUCUUCUAGAACGCCACGUCAGAAGCCAGACCAAAAAUAUCGAGCCCCACACCUGGAGUUAACGGAGUAGGAUGCAUCGAUGUGAUGUGUCGGCAGCAAAAGCACCCGGUGAAACUGUGAGCUCUCUUCUUCCAGGGAAUCACGAGCUCUCUCACAAGCUGUCAAACUACCAACAUGAAGCAGCUGUUUUGGAUUUCUCUUCUACUCACCCACCUAGCUGGGACAGAGAGCAAAGACAUAGAAGAUAACUGCUUAUCCGAGCCAAACCAGGUGAUCGAGCACGAAAUAGGAGAAAAUGCUGUUCUCCCUUGUUCCGUCACUUCACAUUGUUCAGGUCAAGAGCUGGAGUUUGCGUGGUUUGUUUUCAAACACGACAGCCAUCAUCGUCUCAGCGUGAUUGGCAGCUACAGUAUGCAUGCAGGAUCUUUACACAUCCGUUCAGUUAAUAUCAAUGACAGCGGGAUCUACCACUGUGCAGUAGAAUCACAAAGUUCAACAUCAUGCUGCCAGCAGUAUGUUGGAAAAGGCACGACUCUGGUGGUGAAAAAACAAAUGAAGGUGAGAAACAUUCUUCUGUGGGCAUCAUUUUCCCUCUUGCUCACUUAUAGCCUGGCAGUUGUGGCACUUAUCAUCCUGAAGAAGUCUGGAAAUAACAAGAAAUUCAGCACAAAAAUGUCCAAAUUGGGCAAUAAUAACUCAAGAAAACAGCUGCAGUUUCGUGAUGUUCUGCAAGAGCUGCACAGCCGGGAAAAUUUGAAGAGAAGCAAAGAAACAAGAGGAAAUCGUUCUCAAGUUGAGGCAGCAAGUGACAAGUGCAACAUCUCCGAAGACAUCUACCAAAAUGUCUAAAAGUUCUACAUGAAUGUUGAAGAGCGGAUUUUCCUUAUCCUGGCGGACGUGAAACACCAGAGUGAGGAGGCUGUUCUGCAACAGAAGAUAGGAGUAUAUUUCCCCAGGAUGGACAGAAGUUGCAUGUUUUGCUAAACUUUUCGCACAAAAAUGAGACACAACCACAGCACUGGUGCAGUUAGCGUACCUUUCCCCUCCAAACCUUCAGUCUGACCAGUAUUACAGAUAACCUGUGUCUGCUGUCUUAAUCACACCUUACGUUCUUUUCAACUUUUUCUCCUACUUUUAUUCCUAAGAUGAUCAUUUCAGGAAUUUCUGCAAUACAACAUGUGGGAUAUAUUUCUGUUGGACAUAAGUUGAGUAGCUUUAUGACUAAAUAAAAAGUGUUCUGAAACGUGACAACGCACUGAGAGGAACUGAUGAUGCCAGCUGGCUUUAUUGCAGCUCCGGUCAAAUGUGUGGACACACUUGCACAUGAACUCUGAGAGGCAAGUGUGUCCACACAUUGGACUUUACAACUCUGUAACACCCAAUAAAAUGAAUGAAACAAAUGACAGGAUAUUUGGAAAUAUAUUUUAAUCAAAAAACAUACUAAAGAAUUCACAUUUAGACCACAGCAAGCUGAUCAUUUUUAAGAGCUAUAAAUACAAAUUAGGCACAUCACACAAGGCAGUUUAUCUUCACAGCUUAUAUGAAAUCAGAAAAGAUUUAUUUUUUUUUGCUGAGACUGGCUGUUUUUUUUAAAGAAAUAACUGUCAGCAAAAAGAAAAACUUUAAGGCAACAAAACAUUGAGAUCUAAGUGAGAGACGUCCUGCAUUUGCUCCAUUUCAAUUGAGUGCAAGUGGCAAUAUUACACAUGUAGACUCAUAUAUUACAAUCUGCAAAGGGUAGUAGUGGAUGCAUAUAAAAUAAAUUAUUUAUUUUUCUUCACUAAUAAAUUGUGUUUAGUCCUAAUUCAAAGACUGUGGAUUUAAUCCCUUUAGUGCCUUUUCUUCUUUUUCCACUCUAUACAGUAAACCAUGAAAUAACAAUGUUGGUUUCAAGUUUAGUCUCAGAAUACUUUGUGCUCUAAUUUCACUCAAGUAUUGAGCAAUUCCAGAUAAAUUAAAUAACUCAAGAGCCUCAAGUUAUUUCUACAAUCUUUAAUUUUACACAUAUAUGCAGUAAACUGACAGUAUUAAGUGUCACAGUUUUGACAUUUUGCUUUUUUUUUUACUUCCAACUUAAAACUGUGCCGUCAUUAAUAAGUAAAUCUCAGUCAAACUACGUGCCAACUAUGUCAUUAAACCACCUCUUCUUUUUGGUUUGAAUACGUUUCAUCUAAUAAGUUAAGUCCAGUGUCAGAGCUUAUGUGUAAUUCCUGACUUUAGUCUAGAGCAGGGCUACUUAAUUCGGUCAUACGAGGGCCACAGUCCUGAAGGUUUUUAAUGUAUCUCUGCUCUAACACACCUGACUAAAAACACAAAGCCUUAAGCAAAUAACAUUUGACCAACUCUGGUUUAAAGGAGUGUAAAGCUGUAAGCAUCUAUUUAAAUGCUCCAUGAUAUCUGAAGCAGCUAAUUUAAUUCAAUUUAGCUCCAGUGUUUAUUUAAGUACUGCUACUUUUUUUGGUGCAAGUGUUAAAAAAAAAGACAAGCUGAUGAUUGCAAAAAAAAAAAAAAAUACCAGUUACAGGACCAUCAAUGAACUUUCUCAGGUC